AUGCCUACAUAUGCAAAGUUCUUGAAAGAUAUCAUAACCAGGAAAAGAAGCAUAGGGAAGUACGAGAUGGUGGCUCUAACACAGAUGAUCAAUGCAAUCAUUCCUCCAAAGAUGAGAGAUCCAGGAAAUUUUACAAUACCUUGCUCAACCAGAGGAAUUUAUAUUGGACAUGCGCUAUGCGAUCUAGAGGCAAGCAUAAACCUAAUGCCCCAGUCCCAUUUUAAACAAUUGAAGGUUGCAGAACUCAUGCCAACAUCAGCAACCCUCCAAUUAGUAGACAGAUCGCUUGUUCACUUAGAAGAAAAAUUGGAAGAUGUAUUGGUCAAAGUCGAUAAAUUUAUUCUUCCUGCAGACUUCAUCAUUCUCGAUUACGAAGCUGACAAAGAUGUCCAUAUUAUCUUGGGACGACUAUUCCUCUCCACCGGAAGAGCUUAA